AUGAGAUCAAAGUGCAUAUUUUUACUUGUUCUGGGAGCGAUAACCGCCUACUACAUUUACUUGCCUAUUCCAGGCGAAAUCGAAGAAAAAUGGAAGCUAAUGAUCACUGACAGCUUCUUCAGAAGUCUCAGUCACCUGGCAGACCUCAGUGAACUGCUAGGGAUGAAGGACUACAUGGGCGUGAUGAUGUUCAUCACGAUUGCAGAGAGUGUGGUGCUGGUGACAGACGAGCGUGUGCAGGUGACCGAGGAAGUAUUUGACGGGGUGCAGGUGGUGGUGUAUGAGCCCGGGCACGGCGGAAACGGAGAGCUGAGGAGAGCGGUGAUAUACCUGCAUGGGGGAGGGUGGUGCCUCGGGAGCUCCAGAAUGGGACCCUAUGAUCUUCUUGCCAGGAAGAUGGUCAGCGAGCUUGAUGCGGUUGUCAUUUCUGUCGAGUACCGCCUGGCCCCAGCGCACCCCUUCCCCAUCCCGUUUGAGGAUGUGUACAGGGGGUUGAGGUACUUCCUCCAGCGCCAUGUCCUGGCCCGGUACUCGGUGGACCCAGGUCGCAUUGCUGUGUCGGGGGACAGCGCAGGUGGCAACUUGGCAGCCGCCGUGGCUCAACAGCUGCAGCAGGAUCCUGACCAGCAGGUGGCGCUGAAGGCCCAGGCUCUGCUGUACCCUGUCCUGCAGGCAUUGGACCUCAACACCCCGUCCUACCAGCAGAACCAGGACAUGCCCAUCCUGCCCAAGACUCUGAUGGUGCGCUUCUGGAGCGAGUACUUCACCAGUGACAAGUCCCUGUUCCGGGCCAUGAUGACCAACUCGCACAACAGCCCCAAGUCCGCCGGCCUGCUGAAGUUCGUCAACUGGAGCUCGCAUCUGCCGGAGAGCUUCCGCGGGGCGUACCGCUACAGCGCCCCCGCGGCGUCGGUGUCGGCGGCAGGGGCGGCAGCGGCGGCGGGCGGGGACCCGUCCCGCUCCAUCCCGGCCAUCGCCGACCCCCGGGCAUCGCCGCUGCUGGCGCCGGACGGCAGCCUGCGGCCGCUGCCCAAGGCCUACAUCCUGACGUGCGAGUACGACGUGCUGCGGGACGACGGCGUGAUGUACGCCACGCGGCUGCGGCAGGCCGGCGUCAACGUCACGCACCGCCACUACAGCGCCGGCUUCCACGGGGCGCUCAUGUUCACCGUGUGGCCGGCCGACUUCCAGAUCGCGCACAGGAUGACCGAGGAUUACGUCGCCUGGCUCAAGGAGAACCUGUAGGG